CUUCUGUUCAGUUCUGCCCUCUGAUUUUUUGCUCUGCACUCGACGAGUGUUUGUGUCAUCGGACUUGUUUGCCAGUCAAAGCCACUCGCACACCCACUCUACACUUUGGUCGACGUGCCCGUCCGUGACCCUGUCGCCCGCUACAACCCCUUCGAUUUUGACUUUCCUUCAAAAUGUCUGACAAGAAAGUGGUACCUAAAUAUGUGCCGUUUGUCGUCGGCGGUUCUGCGGGGAUGAUGGCUACCUGUUUUGUCCACCCUAUGGAUGUUGUGAAAAAUCGCAUGCAAGUCAGUGGUAUUGGCAGCAAAGUAAAGGAAUACAAAACAAGCUUCCAUGCUGCUGGUGGUAUCCUUAGAAAUGAGGGCGUAACUGCACUCUACUCUGGCCUGUCUGCUGGAUUGCUUAGACAAGCCACUUACACUACUGCAAGACUUGGAGUUUUCAAUGGGUUGACUGAAAGAGUUUCGAAAGAUGGAGCACCUCCUAGCUUUGGAGUGAAGGUUUUAAUUGGACUCUGUGCUGGAGCUGUUGGUGCAUUUGUUGGAACUCCCGCUGAUCUGACUCUAAUUCGUAUGACAACUGAUGGAAGGUUACCCCCUGCUGAGCGCCGUAAUUACAGUAAUGCUCUUACAGCGCUUGCUCGUAUUGCCAAAGAAGAAGGAAUUUUAGCUUUAUGGAAAGGCGCUGUACCUACAAUGGGUCGAGCGAUGGUUGUGAAUGCUGUUCAGCUCUCUACUUACCAGCAAGCUAAGCAACAGUUACUUACCUCAGGUUACUUUGAAGAAAACAUCAAACUUCACUUCUGUGCUAGCAUGAUUUCUGGUCUUGCAACCACCAUUGCUUCUAUGCCACUUGAUAUUGCCAAAACAAGAAUUCAGAAUAUGAAAGUAGUUGAAGGUAAACCGCAGUUCACUGGAACUAUUGAUGUUCUCUCGAAAGUUGUCCGUCAUGAAGGAGUUUUUGCUCUAUGGAAGGGUUUCACCCCUUACUAUGCUCGUCUUGGGCCCCAUACUGUACUCACUUUCAUUUUUAUGGAACAGCUCAACCAAUUGUACAAGAGUUUGGCUUAAAAUCAUAAAUUAUGCAAUUUUCUGCCAAUUCACAUCUAAAUUCUGGCAUUUUGGUUGUUCUACAUUCAACUAGAUUUUAUUUUUUUAAGCUGUAGGCAAUUCAUUGUUGUUGUUUUUUUUGUUUUUUUUACUGUUUUACAAUCACAGGCCUGUAUAUUUUUUCUAUUUUUAUGUUUUUAAAUGAAACAUUCCUUUGUGUAAUCCUCAGGUAUUAUGAAACAAUGAUGUUUUUAACAGCCUUGCUCGCCAUACCAGCUGGGCAUGUCAAUUGCUGUUCAUGGGUUUUUAAGUUUUCUCAAUUGCAUGCAAUAUCUGCCCUAGUUUUGCACAGCAAGAGACUAAUAGAAGAACUCAACUUUUUGAACAAAAUUCAACUAAAGUUGGCCUAGUCACGCAUUUUUUCUUUUUUUACCAGAUUUUAGGAUUGAACUUUGUGGAAGGUUUCCUGGCUAUCAUUGUAGUCAUUUAGACUUGAGUUACCAUGAUUAUGUAAGUAAAUUACAUGGUCUUGCCAUUUUUGGAGCUAUUUUCUUGUCAGACAUUGUAGUUUAAUAAUGUGGGCCGUGGUUAUGGAUGAUUAUUAAGUAAAGGUGCCGAAUUUUAACCUCUGUGUUUUAGUGAAGACAAUAAGUAGAUCAUAAGUGUUCUUUGUAAUUUAGCUGUGUGUACUCACUACAGUAUUUAUUAGGUGAAAUAGUUCUUUUGAACAAUUUGCGCAACAUUUACAGCAUUUUAUCUUCAUGCUAUGAAGUCUUGACAUCCUGUGCAAACAUCAUUGAGGUGAAUUUUACAUUGUAAAUAGCAUUUAUAGGUACUGAUUAUCGUAUCUGUUGUUAAAAUUAUCAAGAUUAUUUUUUUUGUUAAAUAUACUCAAAAGGAAUCUCUA